AUGGCGAGUGGCAGUAAAAGUAGCAUUGUGUGUCACUACGAGGUGCUCGGGAUUGAUCAAAAUGCCGACUUUGAAACGAUCAAAAAAUCUCACCGAAAACUCGCUCUCAAGCUGCACCCCGACAAGAAUCUGAACGAUGAAACGACUGCCGAAAAGUUUCGGAUCGUUCAGCAAGCUUACGAGUGUUUGUCCGAUCCGGCAGAGCGCAAAUGGUACGACAAGCAUCGUGACGCUAUUUUAAAGGGGUGGUCUGCCGCAUCGGGAUCCGAUGACGUGCAUAUCGUAUUCGAUGUUGUGCCGUUCAUGUACGCAGGAUGCUACAAGGGUUAUUCCGAUAAGGAUGGCGAUUUUUUCGAUGUAUAUGGAACGGCGUUCCAACAAAUACUCGAUGGAGAACUCGCCGCCGUAGCUGAAGCUGAAAAUGAUCAUGUAUUCGUCUCGUCUCUCCCGCGAGACUUUGGAACGUUGAGGAGCUCCUGGGGUGACGUGAGCGCUUUCUAUCAGAGCUGGGAAUCCUUUACGAGCUCGUUGAGCUUUGCUUGGGCGGAUCCCUACGGGCCCUUCGACGUUAAGGAAGCGCCAAGUCGAUGGGUUCGUCGUAAAAUGGAAGAAGGAAACAAGAAAGCCCGCAAAGCGGCAAAGAGGGAAAGGAAUGAAGACAUUUUAGCUCUCGUGAGUUUCGUCAAGAAGCGAGACCCCCGGGUGAAAGCCAGAAAGGAGCAAAUCGAAAGAGAAAAGGCUGCUAAAGAAAACCAGAAAAAGGAAGAAGCCUCCCGAAAGAAAGAAGAAGCCCGGGAACUGCGAGACCAGUGGCGACAAGAAGCCGAGGAUGCCAUGGCCGAGGCCGAGCAAAUGGAUCGGUUAGCUGGACGAGUAAGAUUGGCUGAUUUAGAAGACGACUACGACUACGGCGGCAGCAAGAAAGGAAAAAAGAAGAAAGGGAAGCAAAAGGGCGGGAAAGAAAAAGAAGGCUCAUAUAAUGAGAAAUGCGGCAAAAAGCGGGACACAGACGACGAAGUCGAGAACUUGGGCUCAAAUUUAGAGACCACGUUGAAAGUUGAUGGGGAAAUAGACAAUCACGCUCCCCUCGACGAAGAUCAAGGAAUUGACAGUGAAUGCGAAGGCAUAGAACAUUUCAUAAAAGAAGAUGACCUUGACAAACUUAGAGGUGAAAGUGAGAGCGACAUUGAUAGCGAGAGCGAAAGUGAGGACGAACCAGACUUUUGGCGGUGCGAGUGCUGCAGAAAGGAUUUUCAGAGCGAAGCCCAGAUGCAAAAUCAUAUGAGAAGCAAAAAGCAUAAAGAAGCUUACAAGAAGUAUGAAAUGAGACUAGCCAAGCUGGGUCAAGAGCUCUUUGAUGAAUUGUAA